AGUCCACCACAAGCACAGACACAACACAAUCCUCAUUUUUAUACUCUCUUUUCUCUCUCUCUCUCUCUCUCUCUCUCUCUCUCGCUCGCUCUCUCUCUCUUUAUACAAACAUUAACAUCUGGUAUAAUACAAUUAAGCUAUCAAAGAGCUCUCUUUUUCACUGCAAAAGCAAAUAAAUAAAAAAAAUAAAAAAAUUUGGAAAAGCAAGGCUCUUGCAGUUUUGAUCCUUGAAGUCAGAGUCAAGUGAGACUUUGUCGGGCUUCUGACUGAUGAUAUAAUGCUUUUCAUGGAGGGGUGCUUGAUGUAUUUGUUCAUCUGAUGCAUAACUAAAGUUUCCGUGUACUCUGAUGGCCUCAAAAACGGUUGCCAAAGCUUCUUCAAAAGAACAGCAGAAAACAGCUGGAGUUCAAAAAGUUGAGGCAAAUGAUCUUAUGUCUCUGACGCUAAAUGGUUCGAAGACGAGCAAACAUGAGCUGAUUUCCCCCAAACAGUUACCUAAACCGGUAGAUAGAACUCCGAAGCAGGUUGUGGUAGAAGCGUCGGAAAAUAAAACUUUGCCAAAUUCUAAUCAUAAUGGGUCUGUUGACUCUUUGAUUAAUAAACUUAAGUCCAGUUCUGCAUCACUUGGUCUUGAACAAGAAUCUAGUGUAGUAGAUUCUAUUGUGAGCAAUACUAGGGGCUCACAAGAUGCUUCCGCUGAUCAAGAAAAGAAAACAUCUGAGUAUGGAAGUGUGAAGAACAGUUCGGUUUCUGCCAAAGUUAGUGAUGGGGCCAGCAGUAUCGCCAAAACUAGUGGGAGUGCCAAGAUUAGUGAUCGUCUUGAUUUCGUUGAGAGUGGCAAGAGCAGUAUAUGUAGAGGAAGCACAAGCAGUGAUAUAAGUGAUGAGAGCACAUGUAGCAGCUUCAGUAGCAGUAUCAAUAAACCCCACAAAGCGAAUGAUGUAAGAUGGGAAGCCAUCCAAGCGGUCAGAGCUAGAGAUGGAGUUCUGGGUUUGAGCCAUUUUAGACUUCUAAAAAGGUUGGGUUGUGGGGAUAUUGGGAGUGUGUAUCUAUCCGAGUUGAGUGGAACUAAGUGUUAUUUUGCAAUGAAGGUAAUGGAUAAAGCAUCUUUAGCAGGUCGUAAGAAACUUCUUCGGGCUCAGACAGAGAGAGAGAUAUUGCAGUCUCUGGACCAUCCAUUUCUUCCAUCGCUUUAUACUCACUUUGAGACAGAUAAGUUCUCAUGUUUGGUAAUGGAGUUUUGCCCUGGAGGAGAUUUGCACACUCUUCGGCAGAGGCAGCCAGGCAAACAUUUUCCUGAGCAGGCAGUGAAGUUUUACGUGGCUGAGGUCUUGCUAGCUCUGGAAUAUCUUCACAUGCUUGGUAUCAUCUACCGUGACCUCAAGCCAGAAAAUGUCCUUGUGAGGGAAGAUGGACAUAUAAUGCUCUCCGAUUUUGAUCUUUCCCUUCGCUGUGCAGUUAGUCCUACACUUAUUAAAACCGCAUCCAUUGAAUCUGAGCCAUUACGAAAGAAUCCUGUUUAUUGUGUCCAGCCUGCUUGCAUUGAGCCUUCAUGCAUCCAGCCAUCCUGUGUCACUCCUACCUGCUUCUCACCUCGUCUCUUUUCUAGCAAGUCCAAGAAGGACCGAAAACCUAAAAACGAAAUUGGAAACCAAGUAAGCCCAUUACCUGAGCUGAUUGCUGAGCCUACUGAGGCCCGGUCUAUGUCAUUUGUUGGGACCCAUGAGUAUUUAGCACCCGAGAUUAUCAAGGGCGAAGGUCAUGGAAGUGCUGUUGAUUGGUGGACUUUUGGAAUCUUUCUGUAUGAACUCUUGUUUGGUAAAACUCCUUUCAAGGGAUCAGGGAACCGAGCCACAUUAUUCAAUGUUGUGGGUCAGCCUCUUAGGUUUCCAGAAUCACCUGUUGUUAGUUUCGCAGCAAGGGAUCUCAUUAGGGGGUUACUUGUAAAAGAACCUCAGCAUAGAUUGGCAUAUAAGCGAGGUGCAACAGAAAUUAAGCAACAUCCAUUUUUCGAAGGUGUGAAUUGGGCACUAAUACGAUGCGCUACCCCCCCAGACAUUCCAAAGCCAGUUGAGCUAGAGCGGAUACCAGCCCCAGCAUCAUCAGCAAGUGAAAAGACUGCCAUUCCUGUGGUUGCACCUAAUCAGAAAGGUUCUGAUAAUUAUCCGGAGUUUGAUUUCUUUUAGUGAUAGUUGGUAUUGAUUGCAAUUUGCAAAUUGUUUCUAUUUAAGGAGAAGAUUGUUCUGAACAUCUAAAGGGUUGUUGGUGAUGAGGAUAGAAGUCUUUAUUAUUGACAGAGAAUGAAAACUUGUAUGUUUGUUUUUUUUUUUCACCUAGCAACUGGUUUCGCGUCUGUACUUUUCUGUUUUUGCUUAGACUCUUUUCAUUUUUAGGGGCACAAGCCUUUGAACUGGCAUAUGGAUUAGAAAAUUAAGGCUACUUGUGUCAAAAAUAGGAUGUAGAUACAGAUUCCUGGACGUUAUUUACAGAAAUAUAGACCAAGAUCAACUUCAACC